CUUCGGGACGAACCAGUCGCGUUUAUAAUUCGAUGUAAACAAUUGCUUGUAAACAUUCGAAUUUCGAAUUCGUUCUAUUUUUUUGAAUUCAAAUCGGUUGGUGUUCGUAUUUUUGAGACACAGAAUGUAACGGUACAUAAUUUUGUGGAGGAUUCUCUUAAGACAUUGAAUUUUUAUUUCCAUUGUGUUAUGGUAAACGUUGCAAAGAGUUCCAAAUGGCUGAGGAUGUUAAGUGCGGAGGCGGAACGGUGGGCGUGCUACCCCUGGGUGCCGUGCGGAGGACAAGACCUCCUCGACUCGCUGACAUACCGAGACACUCGGCCGUCGAUGUUGUUGGAGAAGCGAAAAGGGGCCACGAGGGUGCUACGCGGUGGCAACAAUCUGAUGGAGACAGGUUGUCAGCCUAUCCAGCAACUGAUCGAUCUUCACUUCUACGGUCACAUGCUGCCAAAUCUGCGGAAAGUAGCGGCCAAGGGUCUCCGAAAGCCAGACGGAUACCUAGAGAAUCCAGAAGAGUGUCUCUCGCACAGGCAUCUGGAUAUGUCCAGCUUAAUCAGUACAGACUUCUGGAGCCUAUUGGACAGGGUUCCUACGGCAUCGUCAAGUUAGCCUACAGCGAAGAAGAUGACACUCAUUAUGCUAUGAAAAUCCUGUCCAAACGUAAGCUGAUGCGACGAGCUGGCCUCUUUGGUAGAACUCCACCUAGAAGACCGGGGCCCGGUCCUCCACCCGACCCUUUGCAGAGGGUGUACCGGGAGAUCGCCGUACUGAAAAAACUAGAUCACCCAAAUGUAGUGAAGCUCGUUGAAGUUCUAGAUGACCCAGCAGAAGACCAGCUGUAUCUCGUGUUCCAGCUUUUAGAGGGAGGGCCGGUGAUUGACAUACCGACCGAAAAUCCCUUGAGUGAAGACGUAGCUAGGAAAUACUUUAGGGAUGCUCUAUUGGGUAUUGAGUAUUUACACUUUCAACGCAUUGCUCACCGGGAUAUCAAACCAGCCAAUCUUCUCCUGGGUGAGGGCAGAGUGCAGGUUGCAGACUUAGGAGCUUGCGGAGAACUUGCUGGGGCUGGAAGAUUAUCAGGAGCAGUUGGGACUCCAGCCUUUAGAGCACCGGAGGCUGUGGCUUCUGCUGACAAAUAUAUUGGUGAAGCUGCCGACAUUUGGUCAUUAGGCGUGACUUUAUAUGCUAUGAUCACGGGAAGGGUGCCCUGGGUGGCAGCCACGGCGACUGACCUUCAGAAACGAGUUCUCACGGAACCCCUGGCAUUUCCACCUCGACAACAGCUGUCUAGGCCCUUAAAGAAGCUGUUGACAAGGAUGCUUGACAAAGAUCCCAUCACGAGAGCCACAAUGCAAGAAAUAAAGGAACACGAAUGGGUGACGUCAUCGGGCCAGGAUCCUCUACCCUCGGAGCAGGAGAACUGCCGCCUGGUGGAGGUGACGGACGAGGACAUGGCACGCGUCGUCACGUCUAUUCCGAAUCUCUCCACUCUUAUUCUGAUCAAGACGAUGCUCAAGAAACACAGUUUCCAGAAUCCAUUCCUACGCAGUCGCGAAAGUAGCUCUCGUCGUGAAAGCGUGGUAGGCGAGGUAAGCGAAGCUAACGCGGCAAGCGAGGCGGGAGAAGCGGGUACGUGCGGCUCGCGAGCAGAGCGCGGCGCCCGGCGCACCGCACUCGCCCGCUCUGGACGCUCGCUCUCUGCGCCCGGGAACUAUCUUACUGACAAACAAAGCUCCUUCGACAUCGCUUUAGAAUCCGUGCAGGAAUCCAAAGAACGCGAAGUAAAACAUACCAAGCAAGAAAACAGUCAGAAGAAAGUCCAAAAGGAGCAACCGAGUCAAGAAGGAAGCAACACAAAAGAACUUCUCCAAAUAAGCAACGCACCCACAGAGGAACACCAACGAAAUGAUGCCGGUGCAAAAGGGACUGCAAAUCGCAAACAGAACGGGAGAGAAAAGGAGAGGUGAUGCCGCGCGCCCGCGCAAUGCGCUCGACUUUGAGUCUCAUUGCGAGACCAACCCGACGACCGGUCGACCGAUAAACCGUUCAACUGAAGAAGAACCGUGUUAAUCACGUUGAUAUUCACUCGCUCAAGAAAUUAACCGUAUUAACCUAAUCCGAAAAAAAAACUUUUGCUUAAGUUAUGACUUUAUUUUUAAAACUUUUUUAUUUGAAAUAGCUCUGAAUAUAAAUUAUUCAUAUAUUUUUUUCUCUACUCGUUUAGCUUUUAUAUACAUUGAUUACUUAUUAUAUUAACAAUAUAAACAUAUAACGGUAAUUGCACAA